GGCGCUCUCCACGCCCGCAACCAAAAUGGCGCCGGCGGCGGCUUCAAGCGGGCGGCGGUGAGGGCGGAGGGGGGCGGGGAGGGGGGCGCCGGGGCCUUCUCAGCGCUCCGCCGCUGCGCCGGGGCCGGCCGGGCCCUGCCCGGCCCCGUCCCCCCCCUCCUCGGCCAUGGCCGCCGAGAGCGGGCGGCACUUCUGGAAGCGCAGCGCCAAGCUGCCCGGCAGCAUUCAACCUGUCUACGGAGCGCAGCAUCCUCCUCUGGACCCCCGCCUCACCAAAAACUUCAUCAAGGACCGCUCCAAGGUCAACGCGCUGCCCAUGAAAAGCAAGAAGGCCUCCAGCUUCCAUGAGUUCGCCCGCAACACCAGCGAUGCCUGGGACAUCGGCGACGAUGAAGACGAGGACUUCUCUUCCUCCUCCUCCUCCUCUUUGCAAACUCUGAACUCUAAAGUGGCCAAGGCCGCGGCGGCCCAGGUCCUGGAGAACCACAGCAAGCUGCGGGCGAAGCCCGAGCGGGCCCCGUCUGCGUUCAGCGACGUGCCCACCAACUGCAAGGUCGUCAAGUCCAGCAGCGAGGCCCAGCUCUCCAGGACGGCUGAGGAGGCCUGCGUGCGGACCCCCCUUCAGAAGCAGCAGUCCCUCCCCCUCCGGCCCGUCAUUCCUCUCGUCGCCCGAAUCUCCGACCAAAACGCUUCGGGUGCUCCCCCCAUGACGGUGAGGGAGAAAACCCGCCUGGAGAAGUUCCGGCAGCUUCUUUCCAGCCACAACACGGACCUGGAUGAGCUGAGGAAAUGCAGCUGGCCCGGCGUGCCCAGGGAGGUCCGGCCCGUGACGUGGCGUCUCCUCUCAGGUUAUCUGCCCGCCAACAUGGAGCGGCGGAAGCUGACUUUGCAGCGCAAGCGGGAGGAGUACUUUGGCUUCAUCCAGCAGUACUACGAUUCCCGGAACGAGGAGCACCACCAAGAUACUUACCGCCAGAUCCACAUCGACAUUCCAAGGACCAACCCGCUCAUCCCCCUUUUCCAGCAGCCGCUCGUCCAGGAGAUCUUUGAAAGAAUCCUGUUUAUCUGGGCCAUUCGACACCCAGCCAGCGGCUAUGUGCAGGGCAUCAAUGACCUGGUCACUCCAUUCUUUGUUGUGUUCCUCUCUGAAUACGUCGAGGAAGACGUGGAGAACUUCGACGUGACGAACCUGUCGCAGGAUGUUUUACGGAGCAUCGAAGCCGACAGCUUCUGGUGCAUGAGCAAACUGCUGGACGGGAUACAGGAUAACUACACUUUUGCACAGCCGGGGAUCCAGAAGAAAGUCAAAGCCCUGGAGGAGCUGAUCAGCCGGAUCGAUGAGCAGGUACAUAACCACUUUAGGAAGUACGAGGUCGAAUACCUGCAGUUCGCCUUCCGCUGGAUGAACAACCUGCUGAUGAGGGAGCUGCCUCUCCGCUGCACCAUCCGCCUCUGGGACACCUACCAGUCGGAGCCGGAGGGAUUCUCGCAUUUCCACCUGUACGUCUGCGCCGCCUUCUUGAUCAAGUGGCGGAAGGAGAUCCUAGAUGAGGAAGACUUCCAAGGCCUUCUAAUGUUGUUACAAAACCUGCCCACGAUACACUGGGGCAACGAAGAGAUCGGACUCCUGCUCGCUGAAGCCUACAGACUCAAGUACAUGUUUGCAGACGCUCCCAAUCAUUACCGCCGAUAGGUGCCAGGACUCGACUCCCCCUCUGCCCUGUACCCGCCUCCUCCUCCUGGCCCAAUCUGAUCACUGUGGCAUUUUGUCGUCCCAAGUCCCUCGGACACUCCAGCCGGGAGCUGCUCCUCGCUGUACAAAGCUCACAUCGAUUUGUCUUAACUCUUCUGUGUGCCUGUCUGCCACUCCACGCGCCUGGUGUGCCACUCCAACCACCGUCAGUAUUUCAUGCCGUGCCGGUGGCCCGAGCCAGGGAGAGAGGCUCGAAGGGGCUCGGGGGCAGCUUUGCAGAAAAACUGAGCCAAGGACGGAGCCCUCCUGUCCUCUCCCACCCCUGCCCAGGGCUUGUCCAGCUGUUGACUGCCUUGGCUUUGCUGCCGCGUGUUCGCCCACCGCUGCACACACAUACACACGUGCUCGCCGCCUCGCACCCGUGUGCGCUGCCCCAUCCCGGUCCCUUCUCUCUUCAGACGCAGUUUGAUCCAACUCCCAGACGAAAAUGCCUUAUCAGAGACUGCCUGGCCGGAGACCUUCCCUGGGGCUGCAGGGCAAGAAGUUUCUCAGGGCCUGGCUUCACUCCGAGUGGCCGAAGACCCCAAGCACUUUGUGGGUUCACGAGGGAGCUGCUCGUGCUCUGCCCUCUCCUCUCCAUCCUCUUUGCCUUCCUCCAGAUGGCGGCGUGGUGGGCACGGCGGGGGGACCACUCCACCCACAUGUGCUUCGAAUGAUGCUCGUUGGCUCGCCGAGACCUUCUGCGACUGACCUGCUGUCGGUACAGCCCCUCCUGGCGUGGGGGGGAGCGGGGGCCUCCUCAAUGCCCCCUGCAAAGCCCCCACUCCUCCAAGGCGUUCUGUGUAUAUUGUGUUCUUGUGUAUAUGGGUCAAAGAUGUACAAUAUAAGUCUUCUGUUUGUA